AAAAGCGUCCGAAGUCGGUCGGUUCCGUAUAAAAAAAUAAAAAAUAAAAUAUUUUGAAAAACCGAUCGGUCGGUUUUGGCCGAAUUUCUAGUAGUGGUUAUGGCAAAGGUUAUUGUUUUUUCUUUGUUCUCUUCGAGCCUGGCUAUAAAAAAGGAACGAUCAAGUGAUGGCAAGCGCAGUUACACUGAAUAGCGGCUUCCAAAUUAGGAUCAACUUAGCAAAGGAUGGCAAGGGCAGUUAGUAUUCCCACAAUUGAUCUCUCAACUUUCUUCUUGAAUGAUGAAGAUCAAGAGGGCAAGAAGAAGGUCACUGAAAUAAUCAAACAAGCCUGCUCUGAGUACGGCUUAUUUCAAGUGGUAAACCAUGGCGUACCCAUAGAUUUCAGUCACCAAGCUAUGGAGCUGUGCAAAGAAUUCUUUGAUCAACCAUAUGAGGAGAAAUUCAAAGUUUACACUGAAUCAGAUGCUCCACUUCCUUGUCCUCAUGGAUAUCGCAAGCACAAAGCCGAUAAGAAUGAAUAUUUGUUCAUGUUGCCCCCUGGAACCACGGGCAAUGUUUUCCCUACCAAUCCACCACAUUUCCAGCUUAUUAUGGAAAAAUUGUUUAAUAAAUUUUCGGAGACGUGCCAGCUCUUGGAGGGCAUUCUGAAUGAUUCUCUCGGUCUCCCUCCCAACUGCCUGAAAGAUUAUAACAACGAUAGAUGUGUGGAUAUUUUGUUGAGUUGUCGUUACUUCCCAGCAACUGAAACUCAAGAUAAUGGUGCUAACUCACACCAGGACCCUGCUGUUUUGAGUCUCAUAUUUCAGGAUGAUGCUGGAGGUCUCGAAGUUCUCAUUGAUGGGGAAUGGAUACCUGUGACUCCAAUUGAGGGGGCCUUGGUCUUCCAUAUAUGCGAUGUUCUUCAGGUGCUAACCAACGACAAAUUUGUGAGCCCCUUCCACCAAGUGCUGAGGCCCAAGGGAAAAAGUCGUUACGUUUUUGUAUUUUUCUACAAUUUGAAUGGAGAGAAAUGGGUGGAACCAUUGCCACAAUUUACUAAAGUAAUCGGGGAGCCUCCAAAAUAUAGGAGAUUCCAAUAUAAAGACUACUUUGGUGUGAGAGUAAAAGAGAAGUUGAAUCCUCCAGCCAGGCACGAAGACAAAACAACAUUAAUCACCUUUGCCUCUGCGACUAAUUAGCGACAAUUGAACUACUACAUUUUGCUUGAUUUUCUAUGUUGUAUCUUGAGUAUAAUAACGUUGUGGGUGUGUUUAUAUUUGCAAAGAUAUCCAAACCAUGCUUGGGUUAAAUGAAUAUUUGCCAAAAGUACACAUUUUGGUAGAAAAAAAUUGCAGGACCUAGAUAGCCAAGUUACUUCUUUAUUUAUCCAGUUCAUAUUUUUCUAGUAGGGGUGUACAUAGGUCAGGUUGGUUCGGGUUUUCAAUUACCAGAUCAAACCAAUUGUGUGAAAA